UCCUCAUCAUCAUCAUCCAGAGCGCCUCCAUCCAUCCAGCUUUCCUUUCUUUCUUUCUUUCAUUCUCUCUUUCUCCUCUUGUCUUUCUCUUCUGUGAAGAUCAUUCUCUUGUGCUGGGUUGAUCUGAUUCUCCACUACUUAAUUCUUAAUUCUCACACAUCAACCUUUACUAAAAAAAAUAAAAUAAUAAGGAUCAAGAGAGAGAGAGCCAUGGUUUUUUCUUCCAUUCCAGCUUAUCUUGAUCCAUCCAACUGGCAACAACAACUCCACAAUUUCCAAACCACAAGCGGUGCAAGUAGUCAUCAGCUUCAGCCACCACCACCUCCUCCUCCACACCCACAUGGUAGUGGCGGCGCUGGCUUGAUCCGGCCUGGUUCCAUGGCGGAUCGAGCUAGGCAGGCCAACAUACCCAUGCCCGAGGCAGCACUAAAGUGUCCAAGAUGUGAAUCUACCAACACUAAAUUCUGCUACUUCAACAACUACAGCCUGUCUCAGCCUCGCCACUUCUGCAAGACCUGCCGAAGGUACUGGACACGUGGAGGUUCCAUGAGAAAUGUUCCGGUGGGAGGCGGUUGCCGGAGGAACAAGAGAAGCAGCAAAGGGAGUGGAAGCUCCAAAUCUCCAGCCAGCAGUGGUGACCGUCAAGGGGCUCCGAGUUCGUCAACCACACUCUCAUCUAGCAGUAUUGGAACGACUGAUGUAUUAGGCCUUGGACCACAGGCUCCACCGCUGCGUUUCAUGGCUCCUUUUUCUCAUCUCACUGAUCAAUUCACAGCUCCUGGUGGGGAUAGUAUUGGGUUCAACUAUAACACACUUUCGGCACCAUCACUUGAAGGAGCAAAUGAUCACUUGAAUUUUCAUUUAGGAAAUGUUUUAGCCACUGCUGCAUGUGGAGUUAGUGGUGGUGGAGGUUCUGUUUUGUCGUCAAUUGGAGGGUUGGAGCAGUGGCGGACGUUGCAGCAAGGGCAACAAUUUCCAUUCAUGAGUGGGUUGGAUUCGGGUUCCGGUGGGUUAUACCCAUUUGAAGGUACUUCCGGUGGUGGCAGCUAUGGAGGUAGUGGAGUAUUGGGUCAUCAUAUGCGGCCAAGGAUUUCAAAUUCUGAACUAGUUACUCAAUUGGGUCAAGUGAAAGUGGAGGAAAGUCAUCAGCACCAGAAUUUGUCAAGGCAAUUCUUGGGAUUAAUGGGGAGCACUACUGAUCAUCAGUACUGGAAUGCUAAUAAUACUACUACUAGUUCAUGGACGGAUCCUUCCAGUUUUAGCUCUUCUUCCACCAGCAAUAACGCCAUAUAGUGUGUCCCAUAUCAUCAAAUUAAUUGUUUACGAUGGAAAUGAUGGGAAAAUAUGAGGAUUAGAUGAUGUCAGAGAGGGGGAAAAAAACCGUAGAAUGGAAGGCUUUCGUUUGUUUAAUGUUUUUUUUUCCCGUUGACUUGUUUUGGAUUGUUGAUCUUGUUUCAUCAAUUUAGGUUUAGGAUUUGCGAUGGAUGUAUGAAUGAGCGUUUUUAACAUGUUAAUGUAGUUUUUGUAUUACAUAUAUAUGAU